AUAUGUUACGCUGUAAGGAGGUACCCACACCGCUAAUUCCCUCCACCAGCGCCAAUCCUCCUUGCUUGAAAGGAACUCAUGCCCUCCCCUUCCUUGGUCCAACUCAAAAUCUGUUCCCAACCGAUCGCCGCCGUGCCCCUUCCCAACAUCGUCGCCCAUCCAGUCUGUUCUCGAUCCCUCAACCGAGUACGGAUAGUAUGACAUUGAAGAUGGAUAGGUAGGUUUUUGGGUUGCAAGGGAGUCGCUGAGAGCUUACUGGUUUUAGACUUUUGGUGCGUAUUGUACUCCAGCCUGGUGGUUGGGUCUCAGAUUUCCUGUAAACUCUCACUUAGACACUCACUUUGUGCAGCCAUAGUGCCGGUACACCUCGCGCUAGUGCACUCAUAGGCGCUGCACAUCAUCUCAAGUUGUGCAAUAUCUGAGCGAGCCUUUUCAACCUUGCUCUCUUUAUGUAGCCCUUGUUGGAUUUGCAAGGAACGACUAGCUUUUCGUGUUCUAAUUAUGAUAGUUUGUAGCUGAUUGUCGGGUGUGAUUGUCUCGUGAAAGCAACGUAGUAGCGGACACGGAGCCUUGUAAGCUGUAUUGAGCGAACUUUGUCGGAGCUUGUAGUAUUAAGUCUAUGAGAGUGCGUUUUUGCAGUUUGCUCGCCACCACUACGGUUCUCAGAUGACGCGAGGCUGCUUUUCCUGCGUGAAGGUAGCAAUUUUGAGUGUUGGAGACGACAUAGGCGAACUUGGGGGAAGGUGACUAGCCUGUACAUGUCUGAUAAGUUUGCAUUCACGUCACGAGUCGACUUGGUGCAGUUACCGUUACCGCAGACGCUAGAAAUUUUUGUAUCAUAGGUCUGCAUUGACUUGAGAGAAUCGUCAUUUUCGAAGGUACCUGCUCUUAUUCAUAUCUGCAGAGCUUGGCGAACUUGAUGCAAGCUUAAUCUACCGUAGCAACGGAUAGGAGCGUAAUGAGCCUGAACCUGGCUGUGGCUACUUUGGACAACUUAGGGAGAAGAAACGAAAAGUCGAGCCAGAGAGGCUUUUAGAAGAGAUUACAUGCACUGUUCGUAGAGCAUUCUGUGGAAAUACGCAAUCAGACUGCUCUCCAACCUUUACAGCAUUAAGAGACUUGGUCCAGGUUCGCAUUGUUUACCAGCUCUAACUAGCUUUGGUUGGAAAACGCCGCCAUUUCGGGAGACGUUGCGUAUGUUGAAGUUGUCGCGAUUUUGUUCACUUUGGAUGAUUGAGCGUAUUUGCAGUUGAUUCCCUUGACGCACUCAUGAACUGAGGCUUCGGACCAGAUUUGUAAAGGACCUGCAGACAUUUCCAUUGUCGCUAAUCACGGAUAUCAAGUUGUCAAUGCAUUUUUAGAAUCAAGUUGAACCUGGGGAGAGUUGCGGCAUUAUGUUCAAGUGAUCCACAGUUAUUGGCGCUUCUAGAAUGUGAACCAUAGCAACAUUUCAAAAGAUGGUAAUUGAUACUGCUCACUCCAGCGGCGUUGGUUCCAUGUAUGGCCAAACGUGGAUGAAGUUAACUUGCAUUCUACAUAGUUUUCAAGGCUCUGAAGGAAAGAGGAAACCUAGUGUAGACAUGAUGGAGAGAAACGGUGUCGACUUGCACAGGCCAGGUGAUUUGGAAUUAAGGCCAGGUUUAGUUCGACGCAGAUUGAUGGUUCGUCAACCGGAAGAUCAACUGGCAGCGCCGCACUGGAAUAUUAGCGGAAGCAAACAUUGCGAUGUUUUUGUGAAGUCUCCAUCUACUCAGUAUCAGCUCACCAAGACUCCAGUGACUAAACCGCCGAAGACGUUACGUCUUUUCGAUCUAAACAAGUUACCAACUAUAUCAACAACUUCGCCAGUUUUGUCACCAACUUGGACCACAGGCAGCGCGGAUUCCACCACCUAUGUUCCCUCGGACGAGUCUUCAAAAAUGGCGACAAUGUCAAGAGAUUUCAUAACCGAUACGGACUCGUUCUCCAGCCCAACACAACAGAAAAUUAGUUUGUGUGCAGAUGAAGGUGGUGGGCGAGGGAGAGCAAGGUUGGCCGUGGACCUGGGCCCUCUUCGAGAUUCUAAAGCUUCGAAAGUCUUAAGGCUCGACGACGGUCAUCGGUUUGAAAUUAGUGACGAUGACCAAAGCGUCGAUAUACGGAAACCUGUAUUUCUGGAGAAGCCAUGUCAUCCUGAUGAUAGGCUUGGCAUCCCAUCUUGGAAGAGGCUGAAAAGGCUAUCGGAAUAUACGAGUGGCCACAUCCCAGCUCCGGUGGUCAAAUCGAGGACCACAGAUACUGCAGAUAUUGCUCAACAACCAUACGUUACGAAGACGCUUACAUCUUCGAUGCGAGGUGAGGCGAAGGUGCAUCGGAAAGAUGAAGACGAAGAAACUGGCGCCGUCCGUGCACUCGUGAUGCUCUCGAGUGAGAAGCGAAAACGAGACUUGUCCUGCUUCUCGUCUGACGAUUUUCGUCAACCUGACUCUCUGAAGGCCUCCACCGAGCACAAUGGAAAUAGUUGUUCAGAAACUCUGUCGGACGAAGUGCUUAACGAAGGACGACAGUGCAGCUCACCAAGCCCAGCUGGCAGUGACUUGACUGGGGGUUCGAAUGCAACAGCCAAGUCACUGGGCUCGGGAUCCGUGCUUUUAAGACCAAUUAAUAAGCAGCGUUACAGGUCCAUGGCAGAAGUAAUGGCGCAGGCUUCAUUUCUCAGACGAGUCUAGGCCAUACAAGUUUUUAAAAUUGUACAGAUUACAAAGCACUUUGGAUAGCCUCUUCAAUGUACAUAAUGGUAGACACGGCACGAGAGAAGGUUUUUGUCGAAUCAUAGUGAGCAUAUCCCACGGGGAGUUUUGAUGAAUCCCAUCGUGUAAUUUUGAAUCCUUGAUAUCAAAGAAAAGGGUGCUAUUCUGCA